UCUGACUUCACACUGUAAAACAUGUCGUCCUGUCAUGCACAGUAACACAUGAAUUCAAUGACACUUCAGUGAUUAAUUAAAUAAGAUAUAUGGCUUGUUUCUUCAGGAGAAUUGUCGCACAGCAGCUUGUAAAGAUUUGUGGUCAGUCUGAAAAUGUGUUUAUACCUCUCAUCUCUGCUGUCCCCGUGUCAAAGAAACAGUGUUUAGGGGAUUUACGGGUAUCAGUGAAUUCUCUGGUGCAGAAUGGAGUUGAUCUUCCUCAUGAUGAUCUGCAGACUAAUACAGAAACUUUAGCUAAACAGAUAAAACAGAACGCUGUGGUUGAAGACAUCAUCACUGGUCGAGGAAUCAUUUACUUCAAAUUAAAUAAACUGAUUCUGGCACAGAAACUCCUGAAGCAGCUUCAUUCAGAUCCUGAGAGGUUUGGACUGAAAAGUGAACUUCUGACACAUCUUCAGAGCGGCACAACGCUGGUGGAGUUCAGUUCCCCAAAUGUUGCUAAGAAGUUUCAUGCUGGACAUCUUCGCUCCACAAUUAUUGGCAACUUCAUUUCCAAUCUAAAGAAGGCUUUGGGAAAGGACGUGAUUCGUGUGAAUUAUUUGGGCGACUGGGGGAUGCAGUUUGGUCUUUUAGGAGCAGGAUUCGAACAGUUUGGAUCUCAGGAGAAGUUAAAGUCCCAGGCUCUGGAGCAUCUGUUUCAGGUGUACGUUCAGGUGAAUCGUGAGGCCGAGCGUGAUGAGAGCCUCCGUCAGGCUGCUGCUGAGUUCUUCAGACGACUUGAACAAAAGGAACCUCAGGCUCUGUCGCUAUGGAAACAGUUCAUGGAGAUCACUGUGAAAGAAUAUAAACGCAUCUAUGAGCGUUUAGGAGUUCAUUUUGAUCAUUACACUGGAGAGUCUUUUUAUCACAGUCAAACCCAGAAUGUUCUGGAAGAUCUGAAGACCAAACGUCUGCUCAAGACAACAGAAAAGGGCACAUCUGUGUUCGAUCUCUCUGAUGCUGGUGAUAUGUCAUCGUAUGCUACAUUAGCACGUAGUGAUGGGACGUCACUUUACCUCACCAGAGACAUCGCAGCAGCGCUGGACAGAAAGUGGAGGUUUGACUUUGAUGAGAUGAUCUAUGUGACAGAUAAGAGUCAGACUGUACACUUCCAACAUCUCUUUCAUAUCCUGACAGCUAUGGGUCACCAGUGGGCAAACAGAUGUGCUCACGUGACAUUCGGUCGGGUUCAGGGCAUGAGCACACGGCGGGGUGAGGUGAUUUUUCUGGAGGAUGUGCUGGAGGAGGCUCGUAACAGAAUGCUCGACAACAUGAGACAGUCCAGCACUUCAAAAGCUCUUGAAGAUCCUGAAGAAACAGCCGAGAGGAUCGGCAUCAGUGCUGUAAUAAUACAGGACUUUAAAGGCCCUCUGAUGUCAGAUUAUAAGUUUGAAUGGGAUAAAGUCCUUCAGGCUCAAGGAGAUACAGGAGUUUUUCUACAGUAUACACACGCUCGACUCUGCAGUUUGUUGAGCAGAUAUUCACAUGAGAAUGAAUGCAGUGACUUCUCACCUCUUCUGGACAACAGAAGUGUUUGGAUUCUUCAACACCUGCUCAGAUAUGAUGAAAUUCUUCUUCAGUCAGAGACGGACCUGCAGCCGAGACAUCUUGUGAACUUUCUCAUGACUCUCUGUCAUCUGGUGGCCUCCGCCCAUCGUGAGCUGCCUGUGAAAGGAAGCUCAGCGCAGGUGGCUCAGGCUAGACUCUGUCUGUUCAGUGGCUGUCGCUCAGUUCUGGCGAGUGGAAUGAGGAUUCUGGGUAUCAAACCUGUGGACAAAAUGUGAAUUUCAUUUUCUUAUUGGAUGAGUCUCAAUAUAAAGUUGAUUAACUUA